CCCUUGCCGUCCCACAACUCCCCGCCAAAACUUGCGCGCGCCGCCCAAACAAGAGACGACUCCAUGACAACAGUCAGCGCUACCUGAGGGACAGUGUCAUGCUACUUGUACACGACAAUCGCGACGCAGCUCGCAACGCCUUCAGUCACCGUCUGUGGGCCAUCGACUGAGGUCCCUGCCAAUAUCUCUAUACCUCUACAGCUUCCCCGCACCGCGCGAGGUGCUACGACUGCACACAUCACAGGUAACUAGGUGGAGACGGCUACGUCAGCCGUUGUUUGCAUAGGCGAAAAACUGCAGCACAUUGCCAGAUAGUCAAAGACGUUGCGCCGUCCUCUGAAGCUGGCGGCCAGGCCGACGUCGCAAGUCGCACCAACAUGUCGCUGAUUCCCUACGCCCCAGCCGAGUCGCGCGAGAUUGUACUUCGCCAUGGUUCCGCCGUCGUCGUCUACGACCAACGCUCGAAACAACUCUCCCUCCGCGAUGCCUCCCACGCGACCGACAUUGGCUCCACGUCAUGCCCUUACUGCCACCGACCCUACCGUGAACCGUCGCCGCAUUCGGAACACGACAGCGACGAGCCAGAGCAUGCCGUGCCAGGCAUCCCCGCGGAAAAUGGCUUUGUCAAUCCCGCCUACUUCCAAAUGCUGCGCCGGAGCCAGCCAGGCUCAACAGAGCCGUCGCGACCCUCGUCACCACACAAACAACUGGCGCCGGCACCCAUGCGCAUGAGCAGCUUCCAAGCACCAGAAGGAACCGAGUUUGUGGGGAGCACACCGGUGCAGCCUGCUAGGAGCCAGGGCAUUUCCGCUCGGGCCUUUAGUCCAAACUAUUUCAAGGAUUUCUUCGUAGAAGAGCGGGAGCUGGGCAGAGGCGGCAAGGGCGUGGUUCUACUGGUCCAGCAUGUUCUCGAUGGCGUGCAUCUGGGCAAGUUCGCAUGCAAGCGCGUGCCGGUGGGCGACGACCAUGAAUGGCUAGAGAAGGUGUUGAUAGAAGUCCAACUACUCCAGACCUUGUCCCACCAGAACCUAGUGUCCUACCGCCACGUGUGGUUAGAAGACUACCAGAUAUCCAGCUUCGGACCGAGUGUGCCUUGCGCUUUCAUACUGCAACAGUACUGCAACGGCGGCGAUCUCCAUAGCUAUAUCCUCGACUCGGCCAAAACUUCCAUCACAAAGGAGCAGAUGAAGGAGCGACUGCGGCGGAGGUCCAAGGGUCAGUUGGGGGAUCCAGAGGAUGUGCAUGGUCCGCGUCGCAUGCACUUUGAAGAGAUUAUUUCCUUUUUCAAAGACAUUACGUCUGGACUGAGCCACCUGCACGCCAACGGCUAUAUCCACCGGGACCUGAAACCCAGUAAUUGUCUGCUCCAUCGAACUGGCCGCAAAGUCAAAGUCCUAGUCAGCGACUUUGGAGAAGUACAGUCAGCAUCUGGAACCAGGAAUUCUACGGGAGCGACUGGAACGAUUUCGUAUUGCGCACCGGAAGUGCUGAGGCAAGAGAGACCGGGUGGUGCGUUUGGCAACUUCACCACGAAGAGUGAUAUCUUUUCGCUUGGCAUGAUUGUCUACUUUAUGUGUUUUGCGCGACUUCCGUAUCGGAAUGCGGAUGGUGUUGAUGAGGAUAACGAGGAUCUAGACCAGUUGCGUGCUGAGAUAUCGACUUGGGCGGGCAUCGACGACGAACAACGCGUUCGAUCGGAUUUGCCUGAAAAAUUGUACAGGAGUUUGAAGAGGCUUCUUGCUAUCAACCCUGACGAACGGCCUGGCGCAGAAGAGAUUUUACACGUACUAAAGUCGCCUCUAGUUUUCGACGAGUACAAUGCAUCCACAUACCCCGCCCCAUCUGGUCUGGACGAGUUCAGUCCGCGGAUCUCGAGAGCCGACACACCCAGCCCGUCGCCAACCCAAGGCAACAAGAAGAGCAGGGGCGUAAACUACACACGGCCAGGACGAUCCCAUCUUAGUGCUACCGUCAUGGAUCGGUCGCCUAGUCCGCCGCGUCCAGAAUUCAUGAGGAGACAGUCAUCAGAAGAUGGAGCCGUCAUUCUGAGGAGAGGAAGCAAGUUGGAGUUUCCACCACCGCAGCCUUCUGGAGGGAGAACGCCGAGUCCGCAACGGUUGAUGUUACCUCCACCACUACCACCCACGACAUUAGCAAGGUUCUACAGACAUGUCAAGGAUCCUGCGGCUGUCAAUGCGGCAAAAAUUGUGCUGUUCUGUGCAAAGGCUUACAGUCUGCUUUCUCCUUGUCAGCCUUUUGCAGCAGAUGCGCGAGUACUGUACCCGUUACUUUGCAUGGCGUCACUCGACUUCUUCCGUGUUGGCGGGUUGGGUGGGUUGGGACGCUCGGUCCUGCUUUUGUGCGCGCAUUUGGUGGUGGUGGGUGUGACUUGGAGAGUGGAUAGGCUGUGUGCUGGGAGGAGUGUGGCUUGGGAUGGAAUGUAGCGACGACUGGGCAUGACUUUCUUCCUGCUGCUGUUGUUGUGGGUAUCAGGAAGACAUGUUCUAUAAUCCGUCUCUGUGGUGUUCGAAAAAGGCGCAAAAGACAUGGGGUGGCUUGGACUUGAUGCAUUUGAACUUGUGAUACCUCUGUAGUACUGAUAUUGCGCAAUAAAAUAGUUGAAGAUAUGCU